AUGCCCGGAAUCGCGAGUGCGACCGGUCUCAUCUCCGCGCGAAUUCAUCCAGUUCGCAGACCGAAGCCUAAGAGCGUGGAAUUAUCGGGUUGUACCAAAGCAGCGCCGUUUGUCCUUCGACCGUUUGCCGGCCUUUUUAAUCCUUAUCCUUAUGGUUGCUCGGUACUGUGCAACCAUCCAGCGGAUUGCGAGGCAAAGGAGGUGGUUCGACGCGCUAAAGAUACAUGGGCAACCGAGGGAAAAGCUCUUUUACUGCCGGAGGAAAUGGAAAUGAUACGGACGAGUCUGUUGGCGAUGGGCGCGGGCGGGAACAGAGGCGAGAUGACUGGAAAUGUCGGAGGUGACGCCGGCGAUAGUUACAAUACCGACAUGAUUGGUUCGGCGGUGCCUGAGGAGCUCUUCCGAAAAUAUACAGAAACUGACUCGCGACCUUUGACCCCGGCGCCCACGCUUGCCAGCGGUCCAACCGCGUUAACUAACCACGCGACGCAGGAGGACCUACCGGUGACCUGUAUUCCGCGCGAGCGCACCACCCUCGUCCUCGAUCUUCGAACAAACUCGCAGAAUCAGCAGGUGGAAAACGAGACCUUUAGCUGGCAUGCUCUUACGCUCGAACUACCGCCAAUGCCCCGGAAAAGCGAGAUACUUGUCUGUAAGCCGGUCUCGAAACCACAACAUUUGUCAGCAACACCCGCACCGCCUCCUCCGUCACCUCCCUCACCUAUCGCUGAAAGAUGCGAAACGAGCUCAUCCAAGAACGUGGAGGAAGAAGCUGAUAGCGGCAGUGAACAACCGAUAAUUAUUCGAAGACGGGGAAAGCGAUUGCGUAAAAGAAAGUGUAGGAGGGGCUCGACUUAUGGUCAACAAACGGAAGUUCGCGAUCCGCUCGAGCCUACGGUAACGCAGGUCUCACAGAUAGGAAACGGAUCGCGGCGGCCAUCGGUUCAUAUUAAUACCGAUAAUGUUGACGAUUCGACAUCUUCUAAGAAGACGCCCAUGCCUACAACGAGUCACACGAUGCCUCCGAGUUUCCUUGCACCCGACAUUCUGAAACACUUGUGUCGAGAGCUAGAUCGCGAUAAGGUGGAAGCAGAAUUCUCAAUUAAAAGACGAAUCGCCUUAGAGGAAGCGUUACGGGUAAAAGGCGAUGCUUACUCAACUCUCCGCGGAUCUCGUCAAGCUAGUGCCAGUCUAUUGGCGCAAAACGCACCCAGAGUAUUUUCUCGUCAAGCAGUGCGAUUUGAAUUACUCGACAGUCAAAGUCUUUGUGGAUUAACGCCACUUCAAUAUCUCAGCAAAUAUGCGUACAUCACUUCGGGAAGAAAACUGAUUUUCGGUCGAAUAUUUAACAGAUUUAACGAAGAGGCAUUGCACAGCGUGCGACGCAUUUCGUCGAGUAGCGUCGAAGAAGCUCUUCAAGAAGUGAUCGGGAAGGCGUUGACGGACGAGCAGCGAUCCUAUCUGAAGUCUGUGAUAGGAGAGAUAACAGACUCGUUGAACUUUAGAGAGUGGUGCGGAUUGUGCGCCGCUGUCGAGAGGUUGCUAUGUCCUCUGCCGUCAAGAACAAGCGAUCCACCAGCCUGGCUCGAAAAGGUAGACUUCGAAGCUCUGGAACGAAGACUUAAGUCAGCCGAAUCGGUGGAUAUCACGCUGGCAUUAUUAUUGAAGGAGAUUCGUGACAGAUAAAAUAUGACGUGUGUUUCUCUUAUUAUACAUGUUCUUUUUUUUAUCACAGUGAUCGCUAAUUAUAAUGUUCGUAUCGUAAAUCUUACGAUGAAAUUUAAUGUUAUAAUUAUUUAAUAUAAGCCUAAAAAAUAAAACUUUUUUACGAUUCUACAAACGAUCCCUAUA